CAUAGAAAUAGUGAAAUGAAUUGAAUACUGCAAGAAUGAGCCUGAAAACUACAAUACAGAACAUGGUAAAUGUGAAUGUUUCCAAGAGGAAUUAACACUUAUUACAAGACAAUGGAGAAUAAAUUCCUCAUAAAACUGAUGUUCAUUGGGGACUCAACAGUUGGGAAAACAUCUUUGAUAUUUCGCUAUGUCCAUGGCAUCUUCAAUGAAAUGUACCUGGCCACAAUAGGGAUAGACUUCAAAAAACGGACAAUAGAACUCCAGGGAAAGAACCUUACAAUACAACUUUGGGAUACAGGUGGCCAAGAGAGAUUCCACUCCAUUACACAAAGCUACUACCGUUCAGCUAUGGGGAUAUUUCUAGUUUAUGAUGUCACAAAUCCAAAUUCAUUUUGUAAUGUGGAAAAAUGGAUGAAAAACAUUGAACAAAGUGCCAAAGAAGAUGUUGUGAUAUUUUUACUGGGUAACAAAGCCGACUGUAUUGAGACGCGACGGGUGAUUAAAGAUGUAGGCAAAGCUAAAGCAGCAGAACUUAAUUUAGAUUUUCUAGAGACAAGUGCAAAGACUGAUAAAAAUGUGAAAAAGGCAUUUGAGGAGAUGACAAAGAAGGUAAUGGCAAAAAUACCAGAAUGGGUGGAGGAAACAGUAAAACUAAAUGAAAAGGAAUCUAAAGAGAGCAAAUGCCCAUGUUGACUUACCUUAUAAAACAUGCAAUACAAAUAGCAAGUUUCUGCAUCUUAAUCAGUUAAUGUAAAUACUGAAAACAUAAAUAAUUGAUCUUAUAAGAGUUACUCUUAGCAUGAAGGCCCGUAGCCAGGAUUUGCCAAGGGGGUUCAGUUUUCAAAAAUUUCCAGGGGGUUCACAUUUGAUAGUUUUGGCCCAAAUAUGGCUAAAAUCACUUGAGAAGUGCUAAAAUGGUGAAAAACUGCAUGAUUUUGAAAAAAUUUUUGGCC